CUCAGGCCUGAGUGCCAUUGCCAUUGCGGCCAAGCAAACCAAACCUGCUGCAGUCAGUCACAGCUGACGACGAAACCGUGCCCGCCACGCGCCAUGGUCGUCGACAUGGGGAAGAAGGAGGAUGAGCUGGUCCAACAAGCUGUGAAUCAGCAACAAGUCCAGAAGGAGGAGGACGACGACGACGUCCAAGCACUCGUGCACAAGAUCGCCGGUCUCGCCGCGGCCAUCGCCAAGCUGCCGUCCCUGAGCCCGUCCCCCGAGGUGAACGCGCUCUUCACCGAGCUGGUGACGGCCUGCGUCCCGCCCAGCGCCGUCGACGUCGAGAAGCUGGGGCCGGAGCUGCAGGAGAUGCGCGCGCGCCUGAUCCGCCUCUGCGCCGACGCCGAGGGCCUGCUGGAGGCGCACUACUCCGACCUGCUGGCCGCCUUCGAUAACCCGCUCGACCACCUCGCGCUCUUCCCCUACUUCAACAACUACAUCCUGCUGAGCGAGCUGGAGCACGGCCUGCUGGCGCGCCACGUGCCCGGCCCGGCGCCGGCGCGCGUCGCCUUCCUGGGCUCCGGCCCGCUCCCGCUCAGCUCCCUGGUGCUGGCGGCGCGCCACCUGCCGGCCGCGUCCUUCGACAACUACGACAUCUGCGGGGAGGCCAACGAGCGGGCGCGGCGCCUCGUGCGCGCCGACGCGGAACUGGGCGCGCGCAUGGCGUUCCGCACCUCCGACGUGGCCCUGGUGACGCGGGAGCUGGCGUCCUACGACGUCGUGUUCCUGGCGGCGCUGGUGGGCAUGGCCGCCGAGGAGAAGGCGCGCGUGGUGGAGCACCUGGGGCGCCACAUGGCCCCCGGCGGCGCGCUGGUGGUGCGGAGCGCGCACGGCGCACGGGGCUUCCUGUACCCGGUGGUGGACCCGGAGGAGAUCCGGCGGGGCGGCUUCGACGUGCUGGCCGUGCACCACCCGGAGGGCGAGGUGAUCAACUCCGUCAUCAUCGCGCGCAAGCCCGCCGUGCUGGUGGAGGCGCAGGCGCACGCGCACGGGCACGGAGCGGUGCUAAGCCGGCCGUGCCAGUGCUGCGAGAUGGAGGCCCGGGCGCAUCAGAAGAUGGAGGAAGUGACCAGCAUGGAGCAGCUGCCAUCCUAGGCACACUGCUGCAGCUGUGGAUCAUAUCCAACCCAAGAUUAUUAUUGUUGAUCGAUCCAUGGCCAUCAUCAUAUCAUAUCUACUAGCUGUGUGGUGUGUAUCGCUAUCAUCGUAUCGAUCGACAUGCAUGUAUGCGCAGAGCAUGGUAAUAAUCUGCUGGCUGACCGCACGAAUUACCGCGCGUAACUAUUAAUUAGUCUGUGCUUGUGCGAGUGACGAUGGAGGGCGGUUGGUAAUAAUUUGUCUGACUGUCUCUGGGCUGGGUUUGAUUUAGCAGUGGAGAAAAAAGAUGUAUUGUUUGUUUUGGAGCGAUGGCCUUGGUGUCGUUCGAUUCGAUCUGUCCGUCAAAUGAUAGCUACAUAUGCUGCGUUUGGAGCCUGGGCUUCUCCGAUCAGCUAGCUAGCUCAUUGUUUAUUAACUAUGUGUGCUUAAUUACGAUGGUAUUUUUGCGAA